AAGAAGACCCUCGAUUUGCAACUGCGGACGAUCUUCGAAGAUAUAUCAAAAAAUAUAAGCCUGAAGAUGUUAAUACACAUUCAGAAGCAUUCCAAUCGCUCCCACUGGAGGUACAAUAUGAAAUAGUUAGUGAACUUCGACUCAAAAGUAGAUUGACAUCUACAGAAAGAUACCAUGAAAUGGUCAAUAAUUCUUCCAUAUCCUUUAAUUCUAAUCUUCAGAUAGUAAAUCUUGUUAAACGGAAUGAGUUAACGCAGAAAAUGUUGGAUGUCACGGACAAUGCUAAAAAUGUAAAUCCAGUGCGAAUAGCAUCAGAACGUAAUCGGGAAUAUGUUCUGGUGAAGAAUGAAGGUACUGGAUAUACGAUGAUGUCUGAUCAGGGUCCCAUAUUGAAUUCAAAGGAUAUUAAGGGAUUAGGCACUAUGGAGGAGCCCUUGAAUUUGGUUGAUAGUUCAGAAUCAGAAGGAAGAUCAGAGCAUGGAACGGAGAAUGAAGAAAAUGAAGCUGAAGAAAUCGUAUUACAUUCAGAGGAUGUGAACGAUGACGCUACAUUUUACUCCGAUAAUGAAAAGGAUAGAUUCGAUACGGAUGGUAACUACUUCACUUUUUACCGUAUUGUAGAGUCUUCGAUUAACUUAUUGGUUGUAAAAAUUGAAACAGGAAAUUUGAUGCUAGAUUCAAAUGCCUAUGUCGAUGACGAAGAGACAAUCGAUUCUGUAAUGGAAAAGUUUCGGGCAUUAGAAUCAAUAAAGGGAACCUCUUCUCCAAUUUAUAUUUCUGAUAGUGACUCCGUUGAUAGUAUGAAUGAUGGUCGCUACCUAUGCGAGCCUUCUGAUCCAGAACUAUUUUAUACUCUUUGGAUUUCGCAAAUUAUCUCCGAAUUUCGAGAAGAGUAUCCAAAUCAUGAAGAUAUGAUACAAAAGGCAAUAUUUGAAUGGGACGAAGAUGAGAUUCAAGAGCACAAGGCCUUGGCAUUAAAGAAGUUAGGAAAAAUAAGAGAAGGUGAUGAUAAAAAGAGAGCGGCAUUAAAAUUCUGGCUUAAAUUUUUGAGGGCUGCAGAACAAUUUCGAAUAACUAUUGAAUCUACCACUCAAGAGGAUAGGGAAGUUAGUCCUCUAGCGAAUUCUACUCUUGAAGAUUUUGAUAGACCCAUUUCAAAUGUACAACAUAAAGAGUAUAGUAUAUCUUCUGGAAGUAUCUCCGAAUCAGACCCGGGAUCCGAUGGCGUUGAAAUAUACGAGGAAGAGGCAUUGAAGCAUCCGGAUUCACAACAAUUCACUACAUCAAUAAAGCAUCGUGAGAUAAAACUGAAAAAUGUUAAUCUUGAUUCCAUGAUUCUACCUCGACAUUUUGACUGCCACUUACCAGAUUGUGAUAAAACAAAUUUAUCUAUCUAUGCUUCAUAUUAUUCAGAAAGGUUGCCCAGCUAUUUCAUACUGGAAGAAAAUCUUUCAACUGAUUGUCUUAAUGGUUCUGUGCAAGAGAAAUCUCUUCGUGAAAUCGAUUUUAAAAAUGGUGAUAACUUGAUGGAAAUCGAAGGGGAAAUCAAUCACUCUAAACACUUGGAAUCUCAAAUUUUAACCAACAAUGAAGCAACUCAAAUGAAUCCAUUGGUUAGUAGACAAACUGAGAAUUCCAUGUCUGGUGUAGAAAUCACAUGCCCGGAAAACGAAGCAGAGUCAAAUAAAGACUUUGUGGAGAUAGUAAUAUCAGAGGAAAUGGCCUCAAGAGAAAAGUUGGAUCAAGAUGAGUUGAUUUUUCAAAGCAAAUCCAGAGAAUUAUUACUAACAUCAGAAAAUCAAACUUCAAAUAGUUCAGAUGUAGAAGACGGAAUAUCAUUGAAUAAUGACGAAGAUAGGGAGGUUGAUCUCAUUGCCGGUAUUCGUUCGGCUUCUUCACAAAUCGCGGAAUCAUUUCGUGAUUUGGAUUUUAGAAUAGAAGAAAAUCAUGACGCACCAUUUAUCGAAUCAUUAUCUUUAGACAAUCUCGUUUUAGCAAAUGAUGAAUCAACCAUUGAAAUUGGAGAGGAAUCAAAUAAUGUCAGCGUUAAUAUAACAUCUGAGCCUAUGGAUGAUGAAGAAUUAUCACCGAUUAGUGAAAAUUUAAUAGAACCAGAAGUUGAGGGACUAACUAUUUCUGAUGAAUUCUCAAGCAAUGAGAAAACUAAAGAGGAUCAAGGAGACAUCUUAAACGAGUAUGCUAUGUAUGAGAACGCAGAUAGUUCGGAUGAGGAUAUAGACAAGCAAAUGGAAGAAGAAACUUCAGAGUUUGCGAGAUUUUUAUCCGAAUUACAGAAUAAGGAUAUUGAUUUGAUACAAAAAGAGUUGAAUGAAGAAGUUAAUCGGUUGAAUGAACAGCAAAAAAAAGAAAAACGAGAUGCCGAUGGUAUUACUCAAUUGAUGAUUAACGAUUGUCAGAAACUUUUGGAAUUAUUUGGAAUUCCAUUUAUAAAUGCACCAAUGGAGGCCGAAGCUCAAUGCGCGGAAUUGUUACGAUUGGAAUUAGUUGAUGGCAUAAUUACUGAUGAUAGUGAUGUGUUCUUAUUUGGAGGAACAAAUGUGUAUAAAAACUUUUUUGACAGACAAAAAUACGUUGAAUGCUACCUUGCGCAGGACUUUGAAUGCGAGUUGAAAUUGGAUCGUGAGAAACUUAUUCGACUCGCAAUGUUACUUGGUAGUGAUUAUUCUGAGGGCUUGCCUGGAGUGGGUGUCGUUAGCGCCAUGGAGAUUUUAAGUGAAUUCCCUGGUGAGGAUGGAUUAGAGAAUUUUAGAGAUUGGUGGAUUGAAGUUCAAAAUGGAGAAUACGUGCCAGAUAAUUCCGAAAGUGAAUUCAAAAAAAAAUUUAGACGAAGGAUGAAUAGUUUGUUUUUAUCAAAGAAUUUCCCUAAUCGGCACGUAAAGGAUGCAUUUCUUAACCCUCAGGUUGAAGAUUCAAGGGUUCCGUUUCAAUGGGGCGUUCCCGACACGGAAGAACUCAAAGAUUUUUUGAUGGAGAAGUUAUUAUGGUCAGAAGAGAAAGUCGAUCAAACUCUUUUACCAGUUAUAAAGACAAAUAUGGAACGACAGUCUGAGAAGGUCGAAAAGAAUUUAAUCCAAACAUCCAUUGAUAGUUUCUUUGAUCACACAAGUAAACGUAGCGUAUCACAUAAAAGUAAAAGAAUCAGAAAGAUUGUGGAUAGUUGGAAAAAAGACGAAUCCGGUGCGACAGCCGAAGACAGUGAUAACACUACAUCGUCCUCCAAUUUGAAAAGAAAAAUCGAUAUAUCAGGCAGGUACGGGUGUUAUACAGAUGAAUCAACAAGUAGCGAAUCGCUCAGUGGUGAAGAGGAACAAAAUGGACAAGAAAUCGACACUUCAAAAACACCAAAUUCAGUUUCUGCAGUUGAUGAAACCACCAAAAAGAAGAGAAUAACAAGAAAUUCUACUUCCAAUAGAACAAGCAAUUUAGGGAAUAAAAGUAAGAGAAUAAUGCCAAAGAGGAAUAAGAAUCUAAAUAAAGGUGUUUGA